UUUCCAAGCUGGCUGCUGGUCCAUCUCGCGACAAGGAAGAAUUACAUGAUGAUUUCAGUGGAAGCAACGGCUCCUUGGAGAAAAGUUCCCGGCCAGAGAGAGUGGGGCUGCACGUAAGGGCUGGAGAGCCAGGGGUCCAACAGCAGCAUGAAGAGGCGAAUGCAGGGUGGACCAAGGGAUCAAAGCUGGCAGCACUCUUCGAGCAUCCUCUUUACAACACCCCAGUCCCAGAGGUGACUGAGAAAGACAAGCUGUUUGUCGUCAACCCCAUGGAGAAGUUCAGCCUGCACAGCAGUGGGAGUGACGAAUGGGUCAGCAGCAGUAAAGCCGAGGCGCUCCUCCCGACAGGGAAGACAGCCUAUGACACCUACCCCACGUGGCUCAAAUUCCACAUCGGCAUCAACCGCUAUGAGCUGUACCCCCGCCGGGACCCCUUGCUGCCCACGCUGCUCCGGGAUCUGGCCACGCAAAGGAUCGUCAGCUCGGUCCAGAAGUCCGGCGGGACCCAGCUCAAGCUCAUCAUGACGUUCCCAAACUAUGGGCAGGCCCUCUUCAAGCCCAUGAAGCAGACCCGGGACCAGGAGACCCCCAUUGAUUUCUUCUACUUCUCAGACUUUGAGCGGCACAAUGCAGAGAUUGCAGCCUUCCACCUGGACAGGAUCCUGGAUUUCCGGCGAAUCCCCCCAGUUUCUGGCCGUUUGGUCAACAUAACAAAGGAAAUUCGGGAUAUCACCACAGACAAGAAACUGGCCAAGACUUUCUUCAUCUCCCCAGCGGGAAAUGUCUGCUUCUACGGGGAGUGCUCCUACUACUGCUCCACGGAGCACGCCCUCUGUGGCAAACCCGACCGGCUGGAGGGCUCCAUGGCUGCCCUGCUCCCCGACAAGACCCUGGCCAAGCGCCGCUCCUGGCGCAGUCCCUGGCGCCGCUCCUACCACAAGAGCAAGAAGGCUGAGUGGGAGCUGAACCCCAACUACUGCGCUCAGGUGCGAGAGAUGCCGCCCUAUGACAGGGGCCAUCGCCUCCUUGACCUCAUCGACAUGGCAAUCCUCGAUUUCCUCAUGGUCUCACCAGAAGAGUGCUCCGUGUCUUUGCUCCCAUCUUCCAGCCCACAACCUGAUGCCAAAUUUGUUGGCCCGCCACAGGAAACAUGGACCGGCACCACUAUGAGACCUUUGAGAAAUUUGGGAAUGACACUUUCCUGCUCCACCUGGACAAUGGUCGCGGCUUCGGCACACACUCCCGCGAUGAACCGUCCAUCCUGGCCCCCCUCCAGCAAUGCUGCAGGUGAGCCGAGCUCCCCUCCUGCUGCCGCCAUGUCCCGCCGCAGCCAGCGCCUUGUCACCAGCCGCUAUUACCCCGGGGACGAUGAUGCCACGACCAGCGGCAGCAGCGCAUCUCUGCUGGGUGGGACACAGCUCCCCUUCAAGGAGACCACCGGCAGGACGAUCAGGAGGAAAUCGAGUAGCACAAAGCGCCUCUCUCCCGCCCCCAGCACCCAAACCUCCUACUAUAGCGAGUCCAUGAUGAGCGAGUCCUACCUGGGGGGCAGCCGGGGCCUUGCUGCCCUGGGCAGCUCCAUGCUGGAUGAUGACCUGGACAGCAGCACGUACUGGGGUGGAGAGCUCUCCACCAGGAGGAGAAGAGGCACAGGGGACACCGAGUCCAGUAAGAUCAAUGGGGUGCUGGAGAGCAAGACAUACGACACCUACACAUCUUCAUCUGGGUACUCCUCAGAAGACGACUACGCUGGUCACUAUUACUCAGGCCAGAGUAGCUCUGGGUCAGGUCUGAGAACUGCAGCCUCCCGGGUGGGCUCCUUCCUCUGGCAGGUGUUCACCUCCCCAGUUCGGUUUGUGGGGUGGCUGUUCUCAGGGCUGGCAGGGGCCUGGCGCCGCCUCACCGGCACAGCUUCCCACCUGGACAGCGUCCCCUUCUCCAGGCGCUACCCACGUCUGAAGAGGUCCCUGCUGCUGCUGCUGCUCCUCCUGCUCCUCGCUGCUGCCGCCUAUGGAGCUUGGUACUUCUACCCGUACGGGCUGUCGACACUCAGCCUGCCUUCCUUCCCGUGGUGGGGAGCUGGAAAGCUUUCCUCCUCCUCUGACCUUCCUGGGGCAGGGGACCUGACCACGCUGGACCAGGGGGGACACCGACUCCUGGCUCGCUUCCAGUCCCUGGAGAAGCGCUUUGAGGCACUGGAGGCCGAGCUGUCGCGGUGGGAGCUGCGUCAUGGGGCGGCAGCAGUGACAGCAGGGGGAGAGCCCCCCCCAGGGGACAUCCUUGCGCUGCUGGAGGGGCUGGUGAGCCGCCGGGAUGCGGGGCUGAAGGAGCAUCUCCGCUCCGACAUGGCCAACCAGCUCCAGGGCGAGCUGGAUGUGCUCCGGGCCCAGGUGCAAAGGGAUUUAGACGGGCGCCUGGGCAAGAUGGCACAAGCUUCCCGGGAGAUGGAAGCGCGCUUGCUGGAGCUGAACUCGGAGUGGCAGAGCUCGGUGCAGGAGAGCCUGAAAGGGACCUUCCAGCAGGAGGUGGGCAAGCUGGAGCAGGAGGUGGCAGUGCUGAGGAGGGAGCUGGCAAGCCUCAAGUCAGACCAGGAGGUGAUGGGGAAGCACGUGAAGGGGAUACUGGAGCAGCUGAAGACAGUGCGGUCAGAUGUGGAAGCACAGUUCCCAGUGUGGAUCAGUAGGUUCCUGUCACAGUCCCAGCAGGAUGGUGCUGCUGCCUUCAUCCUCCAGCGGGAAGACUUGCAAGCAGAGCUCCGGGCUCUGGAGCAAAAGAUCCUUGCAAAAGUCUUGGAGGACCGGAGACUGUCAGCACAGGAUGCUCAGGCUGGCAUUGGAGUGGCCCUGCGGCAAGGAGGGGCUGCAGGAGUGACAGAGGAGCAAGUGCAUCUCAUCGUGGGCCAGGCCCUGAAGCGCUACAGCGAGGACCGUGUGGGGAUGGUUGACUAUGCCCUCGAGUCAGCAGGGGCCAGUGUCAUCAACACUCGCUGCUCAGAGACCUACGAGAUGCGGACGGCACUGCUGAGCUUGUUUGGCAUCCCCCUGUGGUACCACUCGCAGUCCCCCCGUGCCAUCCUGCAGCCAGACGUCAACCCUGGGAACUGCUGGGCGUUUCGUGGCUCCGAGGGCUUUGCUGUCAUCCGCCUCUCCGGCAUUAUCCGCCCCAUGGCCGUGACACUGGAGCACAUCCCGAAAGCCCUCUCACCGCAGGGGACCAUCCCCAGUGCCCCCAAGGACUUUGCUGUCUAUGGCUUAAAGGAAGAAAGAGAGGAGGAGGGCCUUCUCCUUGGACAAUUCACCUACAACCAUGAUGGCGACCCCAUCCAAACAUUUUACUUGGAGGGUGACUCCAUGGGCACAUACCAGCUGGUGGAGCUGCGGGUGCUGAGCAACUGGGGCCACCCUGAAUACACGUGCAUCUACCGCUUCCGCGUGCACGGGGAGCCGGCGCACUGACCCCGGCCCGGCGGGAUGAGGAUGCUGCCGGGCUGGCAGCAGGAGGGGACGUGGCUGCUUCACUGCUUCGCACCUAGAAACCCUGGCACGUGCCAGCAGCCGCCCCUGGAAGCUGCUCCCCUGGGGGGAGGAGAAGAGCUGGUGUUGAAGGGGUGAGGCUUUCACUCUUCCAAGGACCUGCGUGGUGAGGCAAGAGCAUCCCACGUGGGUCCUAGCGCAGCCUGGCUUGUUUUCAGUGCAUAUGGGACAUUUUAACUUUUUAAGCUAACUUUGUAUCGGGUUUGCGCUGCCCCCUCUUCCCUGUUGUCCCACUCCUUUCUAGCAUGGCCAGGGCUUGGGAAAGGGGUGUGUCAUUUUGUGAUGUGCUUCAUGUGGGCUUGGGUGCAGGAGAUGGGAGUGUGGGACCACGGUGCCUGACUUGGUGCUGCCACAGUAGGUGGGAGCCACUGGUUAUGGCCACCAAGUCCCCUCUACACAGGGUCACUUCUCUUGCCUUGGUGUUGGUUUGGGUAAAGAUCUCCAGCCCUCCAAUGCUGGGCCGGCAGAGAGGAAAUAAGACAGUAUUAAUGAAGUAUUAACAUAAAACUAAUGGUUUGGGGCAGCGGGAGGAGAGGAGCGUGGCACACAUUGGUGGCAGAGCCCACCUUGGUGCUGCCAUCCAUCCACUCAAGCCCUCCUGCUGACAGUAGCUGAGUUGGGUCUUACUGAAGCUGUUGGCCUCCCUGGCUGGCUGCCUCCCCAGUGUUAAGCUUGGUGAUGCUAUUGAAAAUUCCUGUUGCCUGC